AUGACCGGCGAAAUCCCCGUCAUUCAAGCGGAGCGCGAGCUCGCCUGCGGAAAUACUCUUGGAGAAGGUAUCCUCUGGGACGACCAGAAGAAGCUACUGCACUGGGUAGAUAUUGACGAAGCUGAGAUCCACACGUACGACCCUGAAAGCAAGAAGUACGGAGUGGACUCGUACAAGUCACAGACGAAGUAUCUGUCCGCUAUUGCACUGCGUAAAGAUGAGCCUGGCUUCAUCGGUCUGACACAACACCACAUCGCCUUCUUCUCCGAGCCCACGGCGCCCAGCGGGACCGACACCCGUCCCGAGCGCAGCGAAAGGGAGGCCGAGCUUCUCUCUGCUCCAGUAGCUCCCGAGGCACAGACGGACAAGCCUCUUCGGUUCAAUGAUGGGCAAUGUGACCCCCUUGGCCGGUUUUACGCGGGGAGCAUGACGCUGCCGGAGCUGGGUGAUGGGAAAAAGCGGGGCAAGCUGUGGAGGUAUGACCCGGACGGAACGCAGACGGAGAUUAUCCCCGCUGUAGGAACGAGUAACGGGAUUGGCUAUUCUCCAGACGGCAAGAUCAUGUAUUACGUCGACUCAGCCGACCAAGAACUUGUCUCCUUCGACUACUCCUCCGGAAGCCUCGCCUCCCGCAAAGUCAUAGCGACGACCCCUCCGCCUUUAGCGCCCGCUACGGACGCCCCAGGCGUGUUCGACGGGCUGUGCAUGGACGGUGUCGGCAACAUCUGGGUCGCGAGGUGGUCUGACGGCCGAGUGGUCGGGUACACGCCAGAAGGGGAGAUCAUCUGCAAUAUCAACGUACCGGGCGCGAGGAACGUUACGAUCCCUUGCUUUGGCGGCAAGAACAUGGAGACGAUGUACAUCAACACCGCUCAUGCCGGUCUCGGGAAGGGCGGAGAGGACGCGCAGAAGGAGUAUCCCCACUCUGGGGAUCUGUUCAAGGUGGACUUCAGCGCAGGGAGCGAGAUCAGGAAGCUGUUGUCAGACGACUGGAAGCCGGCGGACCGGCAUCGGUUUGGCGGAUAA